AUGACCGACAACACUGAGUCAGACGCCACGGUCUCUUCGCCAGCACAAUUCCUGGAGAAACUCAAAGGGGUAAGCCUCCAUCCAAAUGAGGUCAUGGCAUCUUUUGAUGUUACAUCCCUUUCUACUUCUACUCCCAAGGACCUGGCGAUCGAGCUGCUUCUACAAAGCAAAUACGAUGAAACGGAGAAUCGUCUUGGACACGCCCAACUCCUUCAGCUCCUAAAGUUCUGUCUCAGGACGUACUUCACGUUCGACGGGACAAUCUACGAACAGGUGAAGGGCACACCGAUGGGUUCGCUGAUUUCGGGAUUCAUCGCCGAGGUGGUCCUGCAACGAUUAGAGUCACUGGUCUUCCAACACCAUAAACCGAAGUUCUGGGCCCGGUAUGUGGAUGAUACUUUCGUCGUUAUCGACCAGGAUCAACUGCUGA